CUACGAUUGAUGCAAACAUACAACAGUUGAAAGAAACACUGGCCGCGGAAGAAAGGAAGAAAGAAGAACUGGCCAGAAGAAGAGAACAGGAAUAAAGAAGAGGACAAAGUUAAAGAAAUUAGACAGGUGAUUGGAACAGAAACUGGAGAGAAGGCAAACAUGACUCAAAUGUUGUCCGAUGUUAUGACUUACCUUACCUUUYUGGAGGAGAAAAUUGAUAGACAGCAAACUCAGCUAGAUGAKAUUGCUGUAGGAUUACGAACCAUCGCAAAUAUUGUGAAAGGAAAGAAUCAAAUAGAGGGUAAGGAAGAAGAUAAACAAGAAGGAAAAGAAGACGAGAAAGAAGUAAACAAGAUAAUGGGAGAUGCCAUGAAGUYGGUUGGUCCAASAAUUGAGACGCCGACCAAUGGGAAUGGACCACCGAGUCCACCAUCCUCUCCGUCUAACUCUUCUCAUUCGUCUCCUUCUCCCAAGUCUCCUUCUUCGACAACUCCGGGUAAGACAAGUGCRGAACCGGAGAAGCCAAAGAAGAAAGAGAAAGUAAAAAUGAAGUUGCCUUUCACGUUUAGCAAUAAGAAAGAUGAGAGUCUGUUGCUUUGGAUUGUUGAAAUCCAAACGUAUGUGAGCACCGCUUCGGUCGAACCGGAGUCCCAAGUUGCGUUUACCACCUCUUGUAUGGGAGGUGAGGCCAAACAAUGGGUGUUGGCUGAGCCCAACGCCGCGGGUUUUGAAGAGAUUGGAGAGUYGGCAAAAACGUUGACUUUGAAACAGUUCUUGGCCAAGAUCAAGGACYGUUUUCUCGAUAAGACGACGACCAAUAAGGCGUUUGACCUAUUAACGUCGGUUGACCAAAAGCAUUGGACGUCGGUCGAGGCUUUGUCCCGCGAAGUUGAUCGACUGCUGCAGGUUCCAGGAUUGAACCUGCAAAACAGCCAAGCGGCCGACGCCGCGGGAGACAAGGCGGCGCUGCCAGAGCGGCCGGUGAGUGCAGGCAGAUGGGCGCUGCCAAGUUUCAUGCCGGGUGCAUUCCGGGGUCGGAAUGGCGGAGCGAAGUGCGGGGUGAGUGAACCCGGGCGCAAUACGGGGUCGGGUGCUUUCGGCGGUGAGGGUGGCAGCGCUAGGGAGGUCAAACCAAGCAGCGAGUGUUGCGUUUCUUUGAAGCUGCUGCCACCUUGUAGGACGCGAUGGCAAGAGCAAGCGGCAAGGGAGGACUUACCAAUAGGGUGGUACGCUGCCAAUGUUGACAGGGGAAGCAGCAUGAUGGCGGGGGAUGGGAGUCGCCGGGGCAGGGUUGUGAAGACUGCAGUUUACCUGCUGGCUGUCCGUGGCAACCGUCUUAGGACGCGGUCGGGGAAGCAAGGGGAGAGAGGGAGAGGUCGGGACGGGGAGGUCGGGAUGGGAGGCCGGGAUGGGAGGUCGGGACAGGGAGGUCGGGAUGGGAGCUCGGGACCGGGAGGUCGGGAUGGGAGACACGAACAGAGGAGGGAGAGUUGGGACACCCGAUUUUUUUUUGUUUUGUUUUUAUUGUCGCUCGAGGUCGCGGUCGGGAUGAGGGACGGGAAUCGAGAGGGGAAAGGUCGGGAUCGGGUCGACAGGUCGCGGUUGGGAGAGCAAAGGGAGAGAGGGAGAGGUCGGGACGAGGAGAUCGGGACAGGAGAGGAGGGAGAGGUCGGGAUUAGGGAGGGAGAGUUGGGACGAUGUCGAGGUCGGGAUGGGACGGGAGUCGGGAGGUCGGGAUGGGAGACGGGUUGGGACACACUCAGGGGAGCAAAGGAGGAGACAUCGGGAUCAGGGAGUCAGGAGGUCGGGAUGGGAGAUGGGUUGGGACAUGGUCGGGGAAGCAAGGGGAUGGGAGGUCGGGAUGGGAGACGCGAACAGAAGAGGGAGAGGUCGGGAUCAGGGAGGGAGAGUUGGGACAAUGUCGAGGUCAAGAUGGGAUGGAAGUCGGACGCGGUCGGGGGAGCAAAGGGAGAGAGGGACAGGUCGCGGUCGGGAGAGCAAAGGGAGAGAGGGAGAGGUCGGGACGAGGAGAUCGGGACGGGAGAGGAGGGGGUCGGGAUGGGAUGGGAGUCGGGAGGUCGGGAUGGGAGAUGGGUUGGGAUGAGGUCGGGGAAGCAAGGGGAGGGAGGAGAGGCCGGGACGGGAAGGUCGGGAUGGGAGGUCGGAGGAAGGAAGCAGAGGGGGAGAGAGGUCGAGACGGGAAGGAAGGGAAACUGGCAGGGAGAGGUUGUGAUCACGGAGCGAGAUCGGGAGGUCGGGAUGGGAGACGGGUUGGCACAUACUCAGGGGAGCAAAGGAGGGAGACAUCGGUAUCAGGGAGYCGGGAGGUCGGGGGAGACGGGUUGCGACGCGGUCGGGGAAGCAAGGGGAGAGAGGGAGAGGUCAGGACGGGGAGGUCGGGAUGGGAGGUCUGUUUUGUCGAGUGAGGUCGCGGUCGGGAUGGGGAACGGGAACGGUGAAGGGAAAGGUCGGGAUCACGUCGACAGGUCGCCGUCGGGAGAACAAAGGGGGAGAGGGAGAGGUCGGGAUCAGGGAGGGAGGGUUGGGACGAUGUCGAGGUUGGGAUGGGAUGGGAGUCGGGAGGUCGGGAUGGGAGACGGGUUGGGACACACUCAGGGGAGCAACGGAGGGAGACAUCGGGAUGAGGGAGUCGGGAGGUCGGGAUGGGAGACGAGUUGGGACGAGGUCGGGGAAGCAAGGGGAGAGAGGGAGAGGCCGGACGGGGAGGUCGGGAUGGGAGGUAGGCGGAAGGAAGCAGAGGGGGAGAGAGGUCGAGACUGGAAGGAAGGGAAACUGACAAGGAGAGGUCGGGAUCACGAAGCGAGAGUUGGGACGAUGCCGAGGUCGGGAUGGGAUGGGAGUCAGGAGGGAUCUGGGCGUGUGAGACCAGUCGCGAGGAUAUUGGGAUAGGGGACAGGGACAAAGGAAGGAAAGGGGGGGUGUCUAUAUAGGAUACAUGAAAUGAACUGUUUUAGCCUUC